AUGGAGGAUGAGUUAAGAGAAUUAGGAAAACUGGAUUUUUUUGGUAAAUUGAAAGAAGAUGAUGAUUCUUAUAAAGUAUUGGAGGAGAUUGACAAAAUUAGAGCUAAGACAGUGUACCAACAUACAUCCGACGAGUGUUCGGAUAUUUGUAAGGAACGGGGUAAGAUAACAAAAUAGUUUGAUAUUCAAGAAGAAACGGGGAAUCAAGGUGUUUGAAGAUUGGUACUAUUGUUCUCAUUUCCUUGUUAUGAUUUUGGGUUGUGAAGCUAAUUAAUUCAGUUCAUGAAUGCUAGUUUUUUUUAAAAAAAGGCAAGAAUAAUGUGCUGCAAAGUCAAUAAAUUAUUGAACUUGGCAGCGGGUUCUGCUCAUAACAAAGGUGGACCCACAGAUGUAAACAUUGCCCAAAUUUUACAUCUUUCGAACUUUUUUUGAAUUGAAACGUAGAGUUUAAUAUUAAUUUUAGCGAACCAGAAAAGUGUUAGAUAUAUUCAGUUAGUAUGUCUUAUUUUACAAAUAUAGCAGUUCAAAAUGUAAACAAAGGAUUUGUUUACACGGACUUGACAUGGUCUUUAAUAAUUUGUUGUAAAUUUAACAUACUAAUUUUAAGUAAUUUUUUUAAAGGUUGUGGAAGGCUUUGGGUGGCUGAUGGGAUAUGGAAACUAAUGUUUGCACAUUGUAUGAUGCAUAGAAAGGUACUGCAUGAGUGCAUGUGUAAUAAUAGUAAAUAAAUACAAGAUAUUUAUAUUUUUUAAUAUUUCUUCUACUCAUUAGAAUCUUGUAAAAGGUUUUCCCUUAAUAAAUUAUCCCCACAACUUGGAAAAGCUUUCUGCAAGCUGCAUGUGGAAUAUUUAGAAAGAAUGUAUCCUGAAGUGCCCACCGACAUCAGGGGAUUUUUAAAACAUUGUGGUGUUAUGUCGAGCAAUACUAGCAGUAUAGGUACAAUAAUUAAAUAAUAAUUUUUUUUACCAUGUUGUAUUUAAUUUCUGUGAUUGCACAAUUAUAGGGAAGUUAAAGACCAUGUCAACUCAAGUCUUUGAUUACAUUUUUAAUACACUUAUACAUGCACCCCAUUAUAUUCAACAUAGGUGAAGAAUCCCAGAGUGAUGAACUAUGUAUGUUGCCAGAUAACGAUGUGUCCAAAGUCGAUGAAAUUUUAAAGACACUGGAUGAUGAUGUAGUUUCCCAAAUUGGAAGUAGUGCUGUACAGUCACAAGGUAAAUUUGUGUGCUAAGGAGGGAGGCAAUAAUUUAACCCAAAUAAUUUCAUGAAGAAAUUAUGUAUCUCUAUUUUGCAUCUGCCAUAAUUACGUAUCUGCAAAAGUUUUUUAUGUAGCAAUUUUUUGGUAAGUAAUAAUUGAAAGUAUAAAAGUGAACUAAAUAAAUGUGUAGGUUAGGCCUAAUGUUAAUAUGUUAACUCCAACAGGCAACACUGACUUUAUUGAAAAGGAACAGGAGGCAGUUACAACAAUAUUGGAUGAUUGCAUUGAACUGGAACCAACCCUGUGCAGUAAGGAAACUGGAGGCAAACAAAGACUUCAGAAGUGGUCCAGGGGACAUUUGUUUGUUGUUCAAGGAGGAGGAGGGAUAAUUGAUAAGUGGAGUCCUCUUUUUAAGUAAGUAUAUUGACUGAGGUAGAAAAAUGUAAUAUUUAACAAUUAUUGCUGCUGAGCCUCAGCUUGGCAGCACACUAUUCUUGACGUUAUAUGAUGUUCUUGCUUUUUCGUGUCCAGCCCCCGCGGCCGAGUUAUGUAUAGUCGAAUAGCGAUUUUCACUCGGUGGAGAUUUCGGCAUUCCAGGGGGCUCAUUAAGUAUUCAAGUUGGUUUGUAAAAUGAGGGGGUUGUUCAACAAAAUUUUCUUCAAUGAUGCGAGCAGGCUACUCAAAUAUGUGUCUUUUAAGUGUUUCACCCGAAAUUUUCAGUACAUAAAGUAAUAAUAUCUGUAAGUUUAGUUCAUAUACUCAGUGUUUAUUUAUCGAUGUGAUGAACUGGUUUAAUACAGUUGCAAUAUCGAGGGUAACAGCCUGGAUUCAUGCUACCAGCUACCUACUUUAUGGCUACCUACUACAAAUCGCUGGCUACCAUGUAUAUGAAAGAGUUUAAGAAUUCAUAAACUAUUGUUCGUUCAAAGUCGAGUAAUGUAUUGUCAUAAUUUUAUUUUGACAUUAGUCAAAUGUCCACAAUGACACAAUAUGUCUUACAGUAUUAAAAUUCGCGCAGUACUAGAAUUCGCGCAGCGCUGGUUGAGCAAAUUUUAGCACUGCGCGAAAUAUAAUCCGCACGAAAAACGUUGUGGUAGUAAAGAUAAAGCGUGCGUUUAAAAUAACAAGAACUAAAACACUUAUUGCAUGGUUCUCAUUUGCCUAAUAAUAUUACAAUAAUAGUACGAUGCGAAUUUUAACAAGUAAGGUAUGGUAUCAUAUUUCAUUAUAUAUAAACGAACAAUGUAAAGUAGCCAUACAUUUCGCCGAACAUAACUUCGGCCCCUUUGGACAUAUCUUUUUCGUAAUAGUCUCAUUCGGACCAGAAUCCAAAACACUAUUCACAGUGUUAUUUUCAAGCUUGUGUCUUCAGAUUUUCAUCUUUUAUUUCGGUAUUUACAGAAUAUUUAUAUUUUUAGCGCGGCCCGUGAAACGUACAUCAAAACAGCUGUUUACAUCCUAGGGGUUUGGAAAAACCGGAAAUCGAAUCUACAGGUCAAAGUACUCCCAGUGGCAAGGUUUGCACGGGCAUCGGGCUAUAUAUGGCCAAGCAUACACGUGGCAUGCGCGUGCGAGUAAAAACCCGAUAUUUUGAAAAAUUCAAAAUAAAUAUUUCUACUCGCUGUAUUCAAACAAAACUUCCUACACGAAAGCGCUUUAAUACAAGGAGUAUUUUACUCACAUUGACUCCAGCGACGUGCUGUGGUCUUGAAAAGGACGAUGAAUGAGCAACGUCUGAUGAGGCCCAGGCCCAGUGAUGGAUGGAUCAAGAUUGGGGCGGGGGUUAUUACUGAUCAAACAUGAAACAUUUCAGUAAUGUUUUCGUAAAUUUAGAUUUUUAAAAUAUAAAUUGUAAUAUCUUAAUCUUGAUUUUCAGAAUUAAAAUCUAUAUUUUUUAUCUUUUGCAAUGUUUUUAAUUUAGGGCCCACAACGUCCCUGAUUGACUCUGAGCAAAUUCUGAAGAGUCUAGAAGAUAUUCAAGUUUAUUUCUUGUAAAUACAUGAUUGUUUUGGUUUGUGUAAUGUUUUGAAGGCAUCUGACCCCCCGUACGUUGAAAAGGCUAAUUUGUCAGAAUCACAAUGUUUAAAGGCGGGGGGGGGGGAAUACUUGCUGAGAUAACUACAAUUAGAAACAACAAAAAUCGUAAAAAUUUAAAUUGGGGUGACGAGAAAUUAAGCCAUUUACUGGCACUGAUAGCACGGCCGUAGCAACCGGGGUGUGGGGUCUUCAGCCCCGCCCCCCAAAAAAAUAAUUUGUAAACUAGUGAUAAUCUGUGAAGUUUGAGAGGGAAAUAAUUACCUAAUAAUCGCCCCUGACUAAUCAGCUCCCCCAAUACAAAAUUGCUUCCUACAGGUAGUGGAUAGGCAGUAACUACUAAAGUAUGGCGCAUUGCCAGCCAAUGGCGGUUGAUAAGAGACAUUAGCAGAUACUGACAGUACUCUACAACUGACAAGUAAAAUCAUCUGGCAUUACAAAGUGUAAAUUUGUCUGGCAUUAGACAGAGUUAAUACUAAAGUGGGGGUGCAUUGUCAGCUAAUGGGUAUGCCUUUAUCCACUUUUGACCCAAUGACAACUUUUUCAUGUUGGUUAUUUACUCAUGUUCCAUGCACGCAAUUUAAGAAUAAGUUCAUUGGGUCAAAAGUAAACUCCCCUUUAGAGUUGUUUUGCAUUCAGUUCAUGUGGUGAAAAAGGCAGCACUUUCCUUGCGAUAGUAACUCCUAGUUCAUAUACCUUACGACUGGUCAUUGUACAAUAACACAGUCGUAUUGCGUGUUUGAAAUAGUAAAAUACUAAAGCCACAUUAAGAAUUUAACAGAUUUUAGGGAAUUUAACAAAUGGCCGCAAAUUGACAUACUAAUUUAUCAAGAUCAUAUUUUAUAUACAUAAAAGGUACAUAUUCCAUAGAACAUAAUGUGUAAGGGAACACAAACGCUUUGUUCUUGAACUGGACAUAAACAUUACCAGUGUGACAUUCAAAGCAAUGUAGUCAUAUUGCAUUCAUGAUUCAUAAUGUUUUAGAUCAGAAAGCCCAUCACAGGUGUUUAUUAUAAUUUUGUCUUGGCUCUGUGCUGUGUUGAAGACAAUCAACCCGGUUAAUUGGUGCAAAGUGUUUCUUGCAUAUGACAACAUGUGUCGCCUAGAUGGCCUGAGGGCAGCCAGGAAAGUCUUACCUUGGCCAGAACCAUGGGACAAAGCAUGGAUAUCAAUACGAAAAAUUAUCGACAGCCUGCACAUAAGGAAUCACAAAGAUAAAACUUGCCAGGAAAAAUAUGAUCUGCAGCCUGUGAAAGAAGAAAUCCCAAACGGAAACACGAUGGCAGCUGAGCAGACCUUUGUUUGGUUAUCCAGAUACAAGAAAAUAUUGUGUGCUACACCUAAAGUGCAUCACUUGUUUGACUUACAUAGAAUAGUAAAACACAGAAACAGAUAUACUGUUAAGUGCUAUAAGAACGGAAAGAAGCCUCUUUUACCAAAGGCCCGUAAGAUACAAAGUUGA